AUGUGUUGCAUUAAAUGUGAAGCUGGAUUUUUAAUACCAGAAGAGAUGAUUCUUGAAAUCUUAAAGAGUGUUUUGAGAAUUGGAAGAGAAACAAGACCAUGCACUGAUUCCUUGAGAAAAAUAGCAGAAAUGACAAUGCAAGAAAUUGUUAAAAUUGUCUUUACAAGAUAUAAGAAUAUGGCUACCUCAUCAUCUCAGGCAGUCUAUGGAGGAGAAAAGAUUUUUGAAUUUAUUUGCGACAUGUGUGAUAUUUCUUCUAAUACUUCAACUGAAUCACCAUCAACAGCAGCCAUCAAAUUAACUUCUCCUUCAACAGGACCUAAUUCUGCUGGAGUAAAUAGUAUUGGUACUAGAUAUUUGGGAAUUAGUCUUGCUUGUCAUGCGAUUGAGCUUAUUGGAGAUACCAUUUCCAAAGAUAAGAAUAACAAGAUACUGAACAUGAUUUGUGAUCAACUUUUUAGAGCCCUUUUGAGAAACACCAACAUUUCCUAUCAGACAAUACUCUUUAUGGCCAAUGGUGAAAUGAUGUUCAGUCCAACUGUCCAAUCUGGUAUGGGGUCCUCCUCACCAAUCACUUCUGCAGUUUUAAUUGCUGCAAAUGGUGGUAAUUUACAACCAACCCAUGCAAACUAUGGCAAUAACUUGAUGCUCCUUUCUGCUGUUCUCAAAUGUACCAUAUCCUACUUGGCAAGCUUACCUAAUCUGAGAUAUUAUUUGCAUGAACAAAUUGCUUCUAUUCUCCUCACAUUAUUACAACAUUUACCAUCACCACAACAACAAUACGGAUCAAACAAGAAGAAUUUUUCCAAUUCUCCAAUUUUAGGAAGUAAUAGUAAUAUUUUCCUUCCAUUCGAAUUACAAGAAUUAAUUUUGGAAUAUUUGGUAGAAGUUUGUAGAGAUUCAAACUUUAUUACCUUCUUGUAUAGAAACUAUGAUUGUUAUGGAUGCUUUGUAAAAAAUAAGGAUAACUUUAUCGUCAAUGUAAAUACUAUACCGAACCUUUUCGAACACAUUUACCUCUAUUUGAAUAGUUAUAUUGGACUAAACUCAAAUUCAAACUCAUCAAACAAUAGCCAAAAUAACUUCCAUAAUAGUGCUUCUAUGGGAAAUACAUCAAGCCAAUUCAAUAACUUUUCCAAUCCUUCCUCAUCUGGCUCUGGUAAUUUGCAUACUUUGCACGUGUUGGCAUGGGUUGGCCUUUUGAGUGUUGUAAGGUGUCUUGCCGAACGAUGCCAAGAACAACAAGAAAGUAGACAAACUUUGGACAUGCAAAUUGUUCACACUAAAAUGUCAGAAUUGAAAACUUUCAAAAAACAAAAGCACAAGUAUAUGGAAAUUGUUGCCCUUUUCAAUAGUAGUCCACAAGAAGCCAUAACACAAUUAUUGCAAUUACACAAUAUUAGCAUUCCAAAAGAUUUGACUCAAUUCAUCAAGAGUGACAGCUCAAACGAACAAGAAAGCACAACUGUCGACUGGAAUGAGGCUAUAGUUUUAUUGCAAAGAGCUGCUGAAAAAAUUUCUAAAUUCCUUCUCGACUAUAAUAUGUGGCUAGAUAAGCAAAAAAUUGUUGAUUACUUUAAUAGCUUCUCUUCUCCACCUAGUACAGUAGUGGAUAUUAAAGUAAAUAUGGGAUCCAUAGUAAUACCAGAAGAUCAACUCAAUCACAACACUUAUCUGAUUCCAAUUUUGAGUAAGACAAGAAAAGACCAUCUCAGAAAUGCCCUUCCUUUGGAAGUAAUGAGACAAUUUAUGGAUGGGUUUGAUUUUUAUGGAAUGAGAAUGGAAGAAUGUAUGAGAUAUUUCAUUAAUAGAUGUAAGAUUUCAGGAGAAGGACAACAAGUAGAAAGAAUCAUUAAACUCCUCGGUGAAAGUUACUACAGAGACAACAAUACCCACUUUGCUUUGGAGAGAAAUGAUUCAAGCAAAAAUCGUACCAUACCAGCCAUUCCUUACAUUGACAAUGGAGAACAAGCUUGGAUUUUAGCUGUAGCUUUAAUGCUCUUACACACAGAUCUUCACCAUCAAAACAAUAGAAACAGAAUGAAUUUGGCCGAUUUUAUGAAAACCAUUGGAUAUCACGAUGAGUUAAAGGGUAUUCCUCAAGAAGAACUUCACAAAGUCUAUCACUACUUAUUGGCUAAUGAAUUUGAAGUCAUGACAGGAAUGACCGAUGCCUACAAGACUGAAGCAAUUUGGAAAGAAGUUAUUGUUGACAAAUCCUUUGCAUAUUAUGAUGAACAUUUGAGUAACAAAUCAGAAACCUCUGAAAAUAUCAUUUCCUAUGUUUAUGAUAUGGACAUGUUCCAAAGUAUGUUUGGUCAUGUAAUUCUUGCAACUACGACCAUAUUGGAACAUACUGACGAUAUACAAUUACUUGAAUUGGCAAUUAGAGGAUUUUUGGAUAGUGCUCGUGUUGCUGCAAGCUAUCACUUGCAUCAUGUUUUUGAUAACUUGGUCAUUACUCUCUGCAAAUUUACCACACUUAUGGACGGUGUAACUCCACCUUCCAUCUCUGCUGUUAGCUGUCCGAAUACAAGUGAAAAUACCACUUCACCACCAACAUGGCCUCUCAAUGCCAGUACUGCAACCUCAAUUAUGACUCAUGAUGGUGUUGUUAUUUCAACAGUUAACAGUUCUGAUCCUAACAGUUCAGCUUCUUCACCUUCUACAGCUCAAAGCUCUAUUUCAUCUAACAAUAAGGGUGAUGUUUCUCGUAACGAUAAGAAUAGAUCAAUUCUCAUGUUUGGCCACAAUGAAAAGGCUAAAUUAGCUUGUCGUACCGUGUUUGCCAUCACUAGAAAAUAUGGUGAUAAUCUCAGAGAAGGUUGGAAGAAUAUUUUAGAUCUUAUCUGUAGAAUGAGAGAAUUGGAACUUUUACCAGAAUCUAUUGUUGAAUCAAGACUUGUUCGUCAAUUAAGAGAAUUCCAAUUCCCAUCUUCUAGUGCUGAUUCUGCUAAACUUUCCUCUCCAAGAAAGGAUAGUAAUGAUUCAACCAUUUCCAGUGUUGCAACCAAUCAACUUUUAACAUCUGGUUCUUCCCUUUAUAAUCAAGUUAUAUCCAGUCUUUCAAAGAGUAGUACCAAGAAAUCCAAGCCAAAAUCUCAAAAUGGAAGCAAUGCUCCAAUGAAGAGUGCAACAUUCUCACUUCUCUCAACCAUGUUUGGCGGCUUUUAUGGCAGUGCUGACGACUCGAAUAAUGAAAAGAAGAAGAACUUGGACGAGGAAUCUGAUGAUGAGGAAGAAUAUGAACAAGGACAUGUCUCACAAAACUCUGAGGAUGCCCACUUCUCUAUUGAAAUUAAACAUGCUCUCGAUGAAUCAAGAAAGUGCAUUGAACAAUGUCGUAUUGUAGAGUUAUUAAUGAUGGAUGCCAAGGAAUUGAGUGGCAAUUCAUUGGAAUACUUGUUGAGUGCCCUCAUCAGAAAUGGUAAGCCAGCAGGUAUUUUAAUGACCAUGCACAUUCCUGCUCCUCACUUGUUCACAUUGAAAACAACCAAACAACAACAAAAUGCAACUACCUCAACCUAUUACUAUUAUGAAAGAGACUUAGAUACUUCCCUCUUCUGUUUGGAUUUAUUGUGUGAUGUUUUGAUUAAUAAUAAUUUGAAUAGAAAUACUGGUUGCGAAAGAUUGAAACUUAUUUGGAAUUAUGUUUACAGCCACGUUUACAAAUUAAUGAUUUCCAUUUUGCAAUUAUACCAACCAAUCAGCACCAUUCAAUCCAUUUACCAAGUUAAUAAUGGACCUAAUAGUGCUCCACCAUCUGUAGGUUCAUCCAAUCCUUUCGGUACUAGUUCUGGUAGCGAUAGAAACAGCCCACUCCCAGUAACAAAUAAUCAACCACUCAGAACAAGAAUGACCAAGCAACAUUACCACGUCUUGCAAAGAUGUUUGACUUGUAUUUGGAGAUUGUGUAUGGAUCUUUCUACACCAUCUACCCAAUUCAAUAGUGUUGAAAAUCAAGCAGAAUGGGAGAUUGUUCAAAAAGAAAUGCUCUCUGUCCUUAUUGAUAACCUUGGUAAGCAAUGGAGUGAAACUAUGUUGGGUGUUUUCCAUAAUAGUUUACUUCCUAUGAUUCACAUGUUCUUGUCGAGACAAGGUGAAACUCUACUCUCACCAAUGGCUACCAAAUUCAUUCAAGAUCGUACAAAUGCUACCAAUCUUAAUCCUUCCACAAUAUUUACUGAUAGCUCAUCAAGACUCAUUGUAGAUUUGUGGGAUCAUUUAGUUUUCAAGAUUUUGAGAAGUAUUUCCAACGUUUCCUCCUCAUGGAUAAAUAAUAAUCCUAAUAGCUCACUCUUCACAUCCAUCAAACCUUCACAACAAUUACAAUUAAUUACCAGAUCAUUAGAUGUACUUACUCUCAGUUUACAAUACUCUACAUUACAGGAUGAUACUACUCAUUUCGGGUUAUGGUUUGUUGUUCCUGAUAAUAUCCCAACAUUUGUCCAAAGUAUCUUGUCCGUUUUGAGUUCUUCCAUUACAACAAAUGUAAAUAUUCAAAACACCUCCAAUGGAAGCAAUAGCUCCCAACAAUUUGUAUCCACCCUUAAAAAGCUUAUGGCUCUCACAAUGGACAUUUUAAUCAUUUUGGAAAAUUUGGUUAUGGAAAUUUUGAAGAGAAUUGUAUCCAUUGCCUAUUCAUCUGCUAACUCAUCCCAAAACGUCAUCAAAUUGGAUAACAAGUGGAUCAAUGCUUGGCUUUCAAUUCUUGAAGGUAUAGCAGUAUUGUGUUGCACUGGUGGCAUUAACACUAGUGGACCGGUCAAUGUUCUGAACUUACUAAUGUCACAAUUGAAUAAUAGUCAAAUUCAAAUGUUGAGCCACCUCCAAAGAGAUAUUAGAACCCAAGCACUUUCAACCUUACAAAGAUCUCUUGUUUAUAGUUGUGAUUUCAGAUAUUCAUUCACUGCCAACCAAGAAGACUCACAAAAUCUAAAAUAUCUCCUCAAUGAUCAACUCUUAAUGAUGUGUAUGGAUCGUGUAUUGCUCAAGACAUUUUUCCAAACUCUUCUCACACUCAAACCAAAGACAACUGAAUAUCAAACCAAUCACAAUACAGAAAUGGAUAUUUCCUCUUUAGAAGAGCUUAGGGUCAGAGCCAACAACUUACUUGCUAGAAUAUUCCUGCACUUUUUACCAAGAAUGUUCCCUGUGAAUAAUACUGAAAGUCAACAAGAUAAUGGUUUCUCUUCAUUGUGGCUCACCAUUCUUCAAGUUAUGUACAACUUUUUACUCGUCAAACCAAAGAGUGAUCAUUUGAGGGAGGCUCUUCCAGAAUUGUUGAAGAAUAUGAUACUUGUAAUGAAUAAUAUUGAAGUAUUCAGACUUUCUCCAAAGUUGUGGGAGUUAACAGAGAAGGAACUUUCUCAAUCUAUUCCAACCCUUUUGGAAGAUGUCAAACCCAGGAUAAUCAAUACCAUGACACAACCUGCUGCUAACACUAACAUUACAACACCUGUUGAUAGUAGUGCCACAAGCAGUUCACAAUCCAAUGCAACUGCAAAUUAUACAACUGAAUCAACAGCCACCACAGCUGUUGCACAAGAUGAUAACCCAACAACAUCAACCGAAACACCAUUUAAUUCACAACAAUAAAAGGAGUUCACACCUUAG